AUGGGCACGAGGUCCCCACUUGCCCUCCUGGUGGCCCUGUGGGCCAGCCAGCUGGGCCUGAUGGUGGCCGGGCGCUCCAAGGUGAACCCCAGGAUCAUCACGGCACCCCGAGGUGCCAGGGAGUACAUGUUUCCCACGAGGGAGAAGUACCCUGUGUUCUACCAUAAAGAAAACAGCUCGGGCAUCUUCAUCGGGGGAGAGGGAAGGCUUUACUACCACAACUUUGCCACUCACGAGACGUACAUGGAAGACUUCCCUGUGGCAAAAGAAGGACAGUGCAUGAAUUCUGGAGGUCUGGAAGACAAUAAGAAUUACCUCACGCUGCUGGGCGAGCACGGGGACGGGAUGUUAGUGUGUGGGACCGGCGCCUGCUCUCCUACCUGCUGGCACUGGGAUCAGAAGAAGAAGAGCUCCCCGUGGGACGGGAGAGGUAUCGCCCCUUUCAGCCCCGACGCAAAUUCCCUCGUCGUUGUUGAUGGUAAUGACAUCUAUUCCACCAUCAAGAAGAGCCAACAGAAUGGCAAGAUACCCCGUUUCCGGCGAGUGAAAGGAGGAGGAGAGCUCUACACAAGCGACACGGUGAUGCAGAACCCCCAGUUUGUCAAAGCCACCACUUUAAGGCACGAAGAGCCUUAUGAGGACAAGAUUUACUACUUCUUUCGAGAAGACAAUCCAGACAAGAGUCCUGAGGCACCCAGGAACAUCUCCCGCGUGGCUCAGCUGUGCAAGGAAGAUAAAGGGGGAACCAGCUCGCUCUCCGCUUCCAAGUGGACCACCUUCCUGAAGGCCAGCUUAAUUUGUGUGGACCCAGUCACCAAGGGCAACUUCAACUGGUUGCAAGAUGCCUUCUUUGUCCCAUCAAGUAACUGGAGGGAUUCCAAAGUCUACGGGCUCUUCACAAACACAUGGGGAAGCUCAGCUGUUUGUGUCUAUUCCUUUGGGGACAUUGACAAUGUAUUUCGAACGUCCAAACUCAAGGGCUACAACGGUCCCAACCCGGAGGUCAAGCCUGGGCAGUGCGUUUCCUCGGGGCUGCACACUCCGAGCGAGACCUUCAAGAUAGCUGACAGCCACCCCGAGGUGGAAGAGCGCGUGGAGCCCCUCGGCCCCAGCAAGAGCCCCUUGUUCCACAACAAGCACCGCUACCAGAAGAUCGGGGUGCAUGAGGUCUCCGCGGCCGAUGGGCGCCGCUACAAUGUGCUCUAUCUGGCAACAGACAGGGGAUCCAUUCACAAGAUUGUGGAGCUGCCGGACGGGGUGCAGAACAUCAUGGAGCUCCAGGUCUUCCCGAAGAAGGACCCAAUCCAGUCCAUGAUCCUGGACCACCAGAGGGCGAUGCUCUACGUGGGCUCAACGGAUAAAGUCGUGGAGAUCCCCAUGGCCGCGUGCGGGGUGUAUCGGAACAACUGCGAGAGCUGCCUGCUGGCGCGGGACCCAUACUGCGGCUGGGCUGCCGGGCGCUGCCGGGCCGUGCAUCGAGGCCGGGAGGUGCAUCAGAACCUAAACCUGGGCUCGUGGAAAGAAAAGUGCCAAGGGGACAAAGUUAAGGAAGACAACUACCAGAAUAUCACUGUUGUCCCCUUCUCUCGCUACUACCUCAACUGCCCCGUGGAGUCCCACUACGCCACCUACAACUGGUACCACGACGACUCCCUCAUCAAGACCUGCAACAACAGCCACCCGCAGCAGGACUGCUUCCACUUCAUCCAGAACGUGAGCCACGCGCACUACGGCCGCUACGUGUGCAUCUCCGAGGAGGACGGCUUCAGGCAGGCGCUGGUGAAGGAGCGCCUCGUGGGCCAGCUCCGCUUCAUGUCGCAGAGGGGCCGUGCCACCAUGGCGCUGGGCUCCUGGUUGCGCCUGCUCCUGGUGCUGGUGCUGGUGGAGCUCUUGCACUGA